AUGGCUUUGGUACGAACAGUUCUCCUGCAACGCCCGCCUGGUUCAACCCCGUCAUUCCAAACACCAUCGUACCGUUUGAGCGAUUCCUCCUCCUUGAAACUCGUCUCAUGUUGCUCGGUGGCAUCGCCAGCUACUGGGGUUAACGGGAAUGUGGGCAAGAAGCGCGAGAGGAAUGAAGUUCGACUAGGGCUGCCCAGUAAAGGCCGAAUGGCAGUGGACACUCUUGAUCUUCUCAAGGAUUGUCAAUUACCGGUGAAACAAGUGAAUCUGCGGCAGUAUGUUGCGGAAAUUCCACAGCUUGCAAAUUUAGAAGUUUGGUUUCAACGGCCAAAAGACAUCGUGAGGAAGCUGGUAUCCGGAGAUUUAGACCUUGGAAUUGUUGGUUUGGACACUGUAAACGAAUAUGGGCAGGGCGAUGAAGAUCUCAUUCUUGUUCAUGAAGCUCUUGGCUAUGGGGACUGUCGUUUAUCACUUGCAAUCCCCAAGUAUGGCAUAUUUGAGAACAUAAAUUCUUUGAAAGAGCUGGCUCAGAUGCCACAGUGGACAUCUGAGAAACCUUUAAGAGUUGCCACCGGAUUUACAUAUUUGGGUCCCAAGUAUAUGAAGGAAAAUGGAUUGGAACAUGUCACCUUUUCGACUGCUGAUGGAGCUCUGGAAGCUGCUCCUGCUAUGGGGAUAGCUGAUGCUAUUGUGGACCUUGUAAGUAGUGGAACAACAUUGAGAGAAAAUAACUUGAAAGAAAUUAAAGGCGGAGUUAUCUUGGAAAGUCAGGCUGUUCUUGUUGCUAGCAGAAGGUCACUGAUCCAGAGAAAAGGUGUCCUUGAUAUCACCCAUGAAAUGCUUGAGAGGUUUGAGGCGCAUUUGAGGGCUGCUGGUCAGUUCACGGUAACGGCGAACAUGAGAGGGAGUAGUGCAGAUGAAGUGGCUCAGCGUGUGCUUAGCCAGCCGUCUCUAUCCGGUUUGCAGGGGCCCACUGUAAGCCCCGUUUUCUGCAAGCGUGACGGGGGAGUAGCUGCUGACUACUAUGCUAUAGUUAUUUGUGUACCGAAGAAAGCUCUUUACAAGUCUGUUCAGCAGCUUAGGACGAUUGGAGGUAGUGGGGUUCUGGUUUCCCCUUUGACCUACAUUUUUGACGAGGAAACGCCUAGAUGGCGCAAACUUCUCUCGAACUUGGGGCUUUGA